GUCAACUGUAAACCCGUACUGAGUUGGUAACUUAGCGGUGAGUCCAGACCUAGCUAAGUUACGACAUAAAUUGGCGACGAGGAGUUAGAACUCUAUGAUGGCUACAGGACUGCUUGGGCACCUCGAGCAAUUCGAUCCAGCGUUGGAGGAAUGGCCGCAGUAUGUGGAGAGACUCGAACAGUUUUUUGUUGCGAACGAUAUCACUGGAGAUGGUAGUGCUGUGAAGAAGAGAGCUACCUUUCUCGCAGUAGUGGGCCGUAGUGCCUACAAUCUGCUGCGAAGUCUAAUUGCACCAGCAAGGCCUGCAGAGAAAACAUUUGAGGAGCUGGUGGAAGUGCUUACUGCACACUACAGUCCGAGGCCUACCGAAGUCAUGCAACGUUUCCGAUUCAACUCUAGAGCGAAGAAAGAAGGAGAGUCUAUUGCUGACUAUGUAGCUGCGCUGAGGAAGCUAGCCGAAUUUUGUAAUUACGGUGCUGCAUUGGACAAAGUGCUACGUGACAGGCUAGUGUGGGGAGUCAAGGACACCUACAUACAGAAGAAGCUGCUAGCAGAACGAGAGCUGACAUUGGCUACGGCUAUUCAGAUUGCUCAAGGUUCUGAGACUGCAGAGAAGAACCUUCGUGAGAUGGGAAGCGAAUCCCAUAAAGAAGGAGUACAUUACGUCCAGAAACAGACGCCGAAACCGAUUAAAACUAACUCGAAGUGUUAUCGAUGUGGCAAGACGAGUCACAGUGGCAAUGACUGCCCGUACAAGGACUUUGUGUGUAGAGGAUGUCAUAAAGUGGGACACUUGCAAAAGAUGUGUCGAGCUGCCAAGGGACGCCCAAACCCGAAGAAGUUCCCCCGACAUGACAAGUAUAAGAAAAGGGCUGGAAUAAACCAAGCAAGAGAGUCUGGAGAAUCAGAUGACGAAGACUUCCUGCUGAUGGUAGAAGAAGUUGGAGGAAUCCACAGGAUCUACCAGCCCCCAAUAAAAGUACCCGUGAGUAUAGAGGGUACUACUGUGUGUAUGGAACUAGACACAGGUGCCUCAGUAUCUCUAGUAUCAGAGUCACAGUACAAACAGUUGUGGCCAGGGAGGAGCUUAGACCCAUCUGAUAUCAACUUACAGACCUACUCAAAGGAACCCCUUGUAGUAAUGGGAAGUUUUGAUGUUGAGGUUGUGUAUGAUAACAAAAAGGUGACCUUACCUCUUGUUGUUGUUCAAGGGAAUGGACCUUUGUUGUUUGGCAGGAACUGGCUAAAUGCUAUUAAGUUGAAUUGGUCUAACAUUCACUAUACCCAAGCUCCAGGUUUACAGGACUUACUGGCCAAGUACCCCGAUGUGUUCCAGAAAGGACUGGGUACGUACCAGGGACAAGAAGCCUCCCUUGUAGUGGACGCUGAUGCUGUUCCCCGUUUUAACAAAGCCAGACGUCUUCCAUAUGCUAUGCGAACGAAAGUUGAAGAGGAACUGGAGAGGCUGGUUCAGGAAGGCACUCUGAAGCCCGUGGACUAUGCUGAAUGGGCCGCACUAAUUGUGGCAGUGUUAAAGAGUGAUCGAACGAGUGUGAGAAUAUGUGGCGAUUUCCGAAUGACAGUUAACCCCGUUUCUAAACUCCAUCGUUACCCCCUGCCGAAGGUGGAAGAUUUAUUUGCAACCCUGGCUGACGGAAAGAUCUUUACUAAAUUAGAUCUGACACAAGCUUAUCAACAGUUAAAGCUUGACACCCAAUCUCAGAACUAUGUGGUAAUCAACACCCUAAAAGGGUUGUUCCAAUACACGAGAUUACCUUUUGGAGUGUCAUCAACCCCUGGCAUUUUUCAGAAGACCAUGGAGACCCUGCUACAGGGUAUUGCUGGGGUAGUGGUGUAUUUGGACGACAUUUUGAUCUCUAGUGCAACCGAAGCGGAGAACCUGAAAUCACUCGAGGAAGUGUUGAAACGCCUAUUCGAAGCUGGUUUGCGAGCCAAACGAGGCAAGUGCACGUUCAUGGCUCCAUCUGUCGAGUUUUUGGGUCACCUGGUUGACGCUAAGGGUAUCCGACCCUUACCUGAGAAAGUCCGUGCUGUCCAGCAAGCACCUACCCCUACCAAUGUGACGGAACUGAGGUCCUACAUUGGAUUGAUUUCUUAUUAUGGGAAGUUCCUACCGAAUCUAGCCACUCGUUUAACACCAUUGUACAAGCUGUUAAACAAAGAUGUGCCAUGGAAAUGGUCAUCUGAGCAAGAACUUGCUUUUAACAGGUCGAAACAGCUGCUGACAUCAACAAAUCUGUUAGCUCAUUACAACCCCCAAUUACCUAUUGUUCUGGCCUGCGAUGCCUCUGCAUACGGAAUUGGAGCCGUACUUGCUCACCAAAUGCCUGAUGGUACCGAGAGACCGAUAGCCUAUGCUUCUAGGACUUUGAAUUCGGCUGAAAGAAAUUACUCGCAACUUGAAAAGGAAGUCCUGUGUUUUUGGAGUAAAGAAAUUCUAUGCAUACCUAUUUGGUCGAAAAUUCACACUAAUUACGGAUCACAAACCGUUAUUGAGCCUGCUGAGUGGACAGAAACCAACCUCAUUACAAGCCUCCGCAAGGAUUCGUCGAUGGUCAUUGGCACUGUCGAUGUACGAGUACGAGCUGAAGUUCCGAAACACUACAGCUCACGGUAA